UUUUGUUCUAAUAAAACAAAACCAAGGGUCCUACCAUGGUUGUUGACAAAAACCAAACCAAAUGGUGUGAAGCCUCUUAAAAAGGAGCAUAAAUUUUAAGAUUUUCCUGUAAGUGUUUUGGAACUCUGCAUUUUUGUGCUUUGUGUCUAUUUCUCUUUCUUUCUGUCUCUCUCCCUUUCUUUCCUCUUUGUCUAUGGGGCUUUGCUUGAUAUAAAAACAACCCACACUCAGGAAAUUGGAAAGCUGUAGUCAUACAAAAGAAAUCUUCAGAGAAUUGAAGUGAUAUGGAGCUGAUAGUUUUCAUUAUUGUGCUUUGCUUUAGCUUCUUUACAUUGCAAACACCUUGUACUUCCCUGCAAAUCCAGCUGCAAUCAUCAAAUGAACAAGCAGCAAAAGGAGUUCAGCUUUCUCCCCCCACACUGCCAAGGAAGCUCAGAUUCACUGAAGAAGUAACAGAAAAACGAAAUGAAGCUCAACAUUCAAUUUCAAACACCAAGCAGAAGGAUGAUGUUUCAGGCAAAACAUACCAGAAAAAGGAAGCUACAGUGCAUGGAAGUCGAGGCACAAGGCAACAAUGGAUGGAGGAGGGGGGGCCCGACAUUUCACAAUAUUUUACAAUGGAUUAUUCCCAAGUAAAAAGACGACGCCCCAUACACAACAAGUCAUUGCCGGUUGUUCCUUGA